CUCGCGCCCCCUUCCCUUCUCAGGCUGAGGCCCAGUGCACCACGUGGGUCCCCCGCAGGGUCGGACCCGCAGCCGGCCCUGCAGGAUGCGGCUGUUCCGCAGACGCCACAUGCCGCUACGCCUGGCCGUGCUGGGCAGCGCCUUCCUCCUCUUCCUCUUCAUCCUGCAAAGGGACAUGAGCAGCAGCGAACAGGCCACAGAGAAGCCGUGGCUCAAGUCGCUGGUGGGCCAGAAGGGCCACGUGCUGGACCUCAUGCUGGGGGCCGUGAACAACCUCCGGGAUUCAAUGCCCAAGCUGCAGAUCCGGGCCCCGGAGCCCCAGCAGACGCAAGCCUCCGCCAACCAGUCCUGCCUGCCCGGCUUCUACAGCGCCGCCGAGCUGAAGCCUUUCUGGGAGCGGCCACCGCAGGACCCCAAGAGCCCCGGGGCGGACGGCAGGGCCUUUCAGAAGAGCGAGUGGACUCCCCAGGAGACACAGGAGAAGGACGAGGGCUAUAAGAAGCACUGCUUCAAUGCCUUCGCCAGUGACCGCAUCUCCCUGCAAAGGGCCCUGGGGCCAGACACACGGCCCCCAGAAUGUGUGGACCAGAAGUUUCAGCGCUGCCCGCCCCUGCCCAGCACCAGCGUCAUCAUCGUGUUCCACAACGAAGCCUGGUCCACGCUGCUGCGGACCGUGUACAGCGUGCUGCACACCGCCCCUGCCAUCUUGCUGCGGGAGAUCAUCCUGGUGGACGAUGCCAGCACUGAGGAGUACCUGAAGGAGAAGCUGGAGCAGUACGUGAAGCAGCUGCAGGUGGUGCGGGUGGUGCGGCAGGAGGAGCGCAAGGGGCUGAUCACCGCCCGGCUGCUGGGGGCCAGCGUGGCGCAGGCGGAGGUGCUCACCUUCCUGGAUGCCCACUGCGAGUGCUUCACCGGCUGGCUGGAACCUCUCUUGGCCAGGAUCGCCGAGGACGAGACGGUCGUGGUGAGCCCUGACAUCGUCACCAUAGACCUGAACACUUUUGAAUUCUCCAAACCUGUGCAAAGGGGCAGAGUCCACAGCCGGGGCAACUUCGACUGGAGCCUGACCUUCGGCUGGGAGGCUGUUCCCGCACACGAGAACCGGAGGCGCAAGGAUGAGACGUACCCCAUCAAAUCCCCGACGUUUGCUGGCGGCCUCUUCUCCAUCUCCAAGUCCUACUUUGAACACAUCGGUACCUAUGAUAAUCAGAUGGAGAUCUGGGGAGGGGAGAACGUGGAAAUGUCCUUCCGGGUGUGGCAGUGUGGAGGCCCUGAGAUCAUCCCCUGCUCCGUGGUGGGCCACGUGUUCCGCACAAGAGCCCCACACCUUCCCAAGGGCACCAACGUCAUUGCCCGCAACCAGGUGCGCCUGGCUGAGGUCUGGAUGGACAACUACAAGAAGAUUUUCUACAGGAGAAAUCUACAGGCAGCCAAGAUGGCCCAAGAGAAAUCCUUUGGGGACAUCUCGGAACGGCUGCAGCUCAGGGAGCAACUGCACUGUCACAACUUCUCCUGGUUCCUGCACAACGUCUACCCAGAGAUGUUUGUUCCCGACCUGAACCCCACCUUCUAUGGAGCCGUGAGUCUGCAGAGCAGCAUGCCCGCCCGUCACCCCGGCAGCCCUGGGGAAGUCCAAGGGCACGCACCCCCGCAGCUGGGCCACCAGAGACUGUCUUCCCCGCCCCCUCCUUGGCCCAGAGAUAGACAGCCAAAGACCUCCU